CCGAUCUUUAUAAGCCCCUCCCCUCGAAGUUCUCACGAACUACAGAGGAAAUAACAGAGAGAAACCUGAGCAAAACAAAAGAAAUCCAAAUCCCUUUCCAUGCCCCUUCCCCCACCACUGGUCUCUGUCUUCUCCUCUGCUCGACCUCCAACCCAACUUUAGCCGUCGGUAGUGACGGACUUCUUUCUACCCACCCUCCAACCCCUGUUCUCACUCUAUUAACUUCUCUUCUCCUGAGCCACCGAAAGAGAAAAAGAGAUGUCUCUGAGUAGCCCUUGCUCUAUUGCCUGCCCCCACGCCUCUGUGAUCAUGAUCACCAGCUUCUUCCGUCACAAGCUAUAGAAGAAGAGUUUGAAGUAGCGGGAAGUAAAAGACCUCUCAGAUAAAGAUUGAGAGGGAGAGUAGAAGAGGACGAAAGAGAGAAAGAAGAACAGGGGAAGGAGUUGAUUUAAGGUAAAGUUUUGAGAGGAAUCGGAAAAAUUCCUCCUUCCUUCAUCUGAGCCAGUGAAAAGAGACAGAGUGAGGGAGAGAGGGGAAGAAUAUGGCGCGAAUGAGGUGUGGGGGGCCCAGUAUGGCGGUUUUGCUCCAGAACGAAGGGGUUCCCUGCAACGCUAUCGAGACCCUGCUCGUUUCUGGCUCUUCUCAUGCCGGAUUCCUUGGCUUGAAAUCCAUGAUGGAUAUUGACAAUGCUCAUGGGAUCACAACUGAAAGAUCAUUUUGCCGGCCUCUUGAGUUGGAAGAAACUGGUGAAGAAAACCUGGAGGAAUUUUUUCACCAGACAGAGAAGAAGAGGCGGCUAACUGCUGACCAGGUGCAGUUCCUGGAGAAGAAUUUUACUCUCGAGAACAAGCUCGAACCGGAGAGGAAGAUUCAGCUCGCAAAGGAUCUUGGCCUUCAGCCUAGACAGGUAGCCAUAUGGUUUCAGAACCGCCGAGCCCGAUGGAAGACAAAGCAGAUGGAGAAGGAUUAUGAAGCACUCAAAUCCAGCUAUGAUGUUCUCAAAGCAGAUCAUGAGAACCUACUUAAGGAGAAGGAGAAGCUGAAAGAAGAGGUUCUCUUUCUCACAGAAAAACUCCUUCAAAGGGAGAAGGGCGACUUACAAACAUAUGAAAUCAAAGUUCCUCCUCCCCUGCUGCAAAAACUAGACUUUGUUUCAGUUUCUGAGGAGAAAAAGCCCGAUGUGCAUGUUCUGCUGUGUAAACCAGAGGAUCUCAGCUCUGCAAACAGCACUGUAUCAGACUCCGAUAGCCCUCGCUGCACCGAUGGAUUACUCUCUCCACUACUGGAGCCAGCAGACACUUCGAAUGUUUUCGAUCAGGCUGGUCUCUCUCAUGCCGAUGAGGAUGAGGAAAUUAAAGGAUGCAGCUUCCUGAAGCUUGAAGAGAACUCAUGUAAUUACAUUUUACCUGUGGAUGACCAGGCUUUCUGGUUCUAGCCUUGCUGAAAUUUAGUAAUUCCUAGUCUAUACAUGUCCAUUCUGCUAUUUAGUUUUUGUUUCUGUUCUUAGGUUUUUCUUAUUAUGAUGUAAUGAUGAGUAAGGAGAUGAAUAAAGAUCGUUUGGUGACA